AUGACAUACUGUUCGUGCGAGUUCCCCAAAAAGGAGAAGUACCUGAACCAAUCGUUAUUCCACCAUCCAAACAGAAGAACAUCGUCUAUGUACUCAAUAGGAAGGAUGAACAGGCUCUGCGUGUCAUCGAUGUACCCGCCUAUCCUCCAUCUGGCGCUUAAAUCUACUUCGCCAUUUAUGAAGAGGGGUGAGAACCCGACUUUACCUAUUGGUGUGGAUCUCAAUACUACUCUUGGUUCAGCCGCUGAAGCUGGUGGACAAGUAAUUGCAGUUGCUGGAGGUGAUAGCAGUGAAGACGAAAGAUUUAGGACAUCCAGUAACCUGUGCGAGGCAAUUGUAAUUACCAAGGUCAUCGAAAUCGGGAAACAGGUUUUGGCUUGCGCACUCGUUGCUUCCACGACUGCAGCUCCCCAGGGCUACAGUCUGCAGAGGCCCACUGGAUCAACUCUGUCCACUGGCCCUGGUCAGACGGCAGGAAGUGGAUUUUCUGUUGGAUCUGCUGCUGGGCAUGCAGUAGCAGGCGGCAUUGGAAUAGGAUCUGGGCAUGGAGUUGGAACUGGAGUUUCAGCUGGUGCAGCUCUAGGAGGUGUUUCUGGUGGAUUUGGCCAAGGAGUGGGGACUGUCAUCUCCGGCGUAGGUGCUGGAAUCUUGGAACCAUGUGGAGAAGGACAAAUUCGACAUGUGGAUGGGACUUGUGUUACACCAGUUGUAAACAGAAAAGUGUUUGUCUUUGAUGUUCCUGAACAAAAGGGACCUAUCGGUCCUCCACCAAGCGUCCCCCCUCCACGAGUGGAUCAUAACAUUCUGUUCGUGCGACUUCCCGAAGAAGGAGAAGGACCUGAACCAAUCGUUAUUCCACCACCAAGACAGGAGAACAUCGUCUAUGUACUCAACAAAAAGGACGAACAGGUUCAACGUGUCAUCGAAGUACCUGCCCAUCCUCCAUCUGAUCCUGAAAUCUACUUCGUCAAUUAUGAAGAGGGUGAGAACCCAACUCUACCCAUUGGUGUGGAUCUUAAUACUGCUCUUGGCUCAGCCGCUGAAGCUGGUGGACAAGUAAUUGGAGUCGCUGGAGGUGAUAGUGGUGAAGGCGCCGGAUUUGGAGUGGGUGGAGUAGUAGGAAGUGGAUUCGGUACGGUUAGCGGAGGACUGGGUGGAGCUGGUACAGGCAGUGGAUUCGGCACUGUUAGCGGAGGAUUGGGUGGAGCUGGUGUAGGUAGUGGAUUUGGAACUGUUAGCGGAGGAUUUGGUGGAGCUGGCACAGGCAGUGGAUUUGGAUUAAGUGGAGGUGCUGGAAGCUCUCCCUCUGGGUUAUAUAACACUCCUUAAAUUAAUGAUAUUACCCCUUGUAUAUUAACUUAUGACCCAAAAAGACAGCAUAAAAAUGUAUUCUAUUUCUUAAUAUAUGAUAAGUUUCGA